UGUUCGGGCUCUGUGUGAAGGGAGGGGCCGGGGCUGCCCUGCCCGCCCUGCCUCGCCGCCGCGGGGAGGUUCGGCCGAGCAGAAUGGCCAGCAGCCCUGGGAGUAAUGCAGCCCUCGCCGAUCAGAAAGGCACAGACUCGGAAGGCUCUCAAGCAAAGCAGUCUCAGCAUGCAGAAGAAGCCAUCUUUUACAAGAACUGUCGAGCAGCUUACCUGACUGUUUUCAAAAGCAGUUUAGAAAAUAUUAAAUCGAAAGAACAACUCACUUUGGUUCUUCAACAGGCUGGAAGAAACCCAUCUCAGAAGACAGUUAAUAAAUACUGGACUUCACAAACAACCACGCUGAAUUUUGAUGAUUUUUGUGCUAUUUUAAAAGAAGAAACACCAUCUGCAAAAACUGAAUUGCUUGAAGCAUUUGGGAAAAUAGACACAGAUAACACUGGUUAUAUUUUACACGAUGAACUUUAUCAACUUCUGACAACAGAAGGUGAAAAAAUGACUUUGGAUGAAGUGAAUGCAGUAAUUAAAUUACCUGAUUUUAACUGCAAUGGCAAACUGGAUUACAAGAAGUUUUGUGACUUAUUUGUGGCAACCAGUGAGCAGUGCUGCAGGACUGCUCUAGAGAAACUGGAGGCUGAUGAUCGAUUGAGGCAUCGGCAGUUUGGAAGUGAAGCUGAAGCUUCCCCUGCAGGGCUCACAGUGCCAGCAUCAAAACCAUCACUGAAAAUCUCGAGGAAAGCUGACCACAAACCAGCACCAACCAAAGGCGAUAGCAGAACUCCUUCAAGACCAGCUCAAAGCUGCAGAGCAUCCAGCUCUUCCACCAUCAGCGUGUGUGCCAGCAGCAACAGAAGCACAAACCUAAUUGAGCCCAACACGAUGAAGGAAUGGCAAUGUGCUCAAUCCAAGGGAUGCUUCUACCUAGAGGAGGAUGGUGAAAUCGUUGCUCAUAAGUACAGGCUGCAUUUACCUCAGAGGUCUGCAGUGUGCAUAACUAUCAAGCCUUUACGCCUUCGUCAAAUAGAAGGAAAAUCUUGUCACUGGUUGUCAGUGGAUACGGUGUUGUAUGUUCUGAAGGAAAAUGAAACCACAGAAAACCUGCAGCUUGUCUGCUCUACUGACCAGCAAAACAGAGAGAUGUUUGGAUGGAAAGGGGAGCUUCCAUCAGGAGUGUACUGGCUACUCCCAUUCACAACAGGCUGUAGGCUGAAAAAGGCAAAAACACCAAUGACUGGAGAAGCAAAACUGGUGUACAGAGAUGAAGAUGGCGAACUGGCUCUUACCAAAGAGUUCCGAGCAGCUUUAUUGGAUAUAUUUGAAACAAUUGAUUUGGAUGGAAAUGGCCUUCUGAGUUUGGAGGAAUACAAUUUCUUUGAACUGAGAACUAGUGGUGAGACAUGUGAUGAGGAAGUGUGGGCUAUAUGUAAGGAGAAUUUUGAUAUGAAGAAGAAUGAACUAACAAGACAAGGAUUUAUGGAUCUGAAUCUCAUGGAAGCCAAUGACCGUGAAGGGGAUCCUAGUGACCUUUGGGUCACUUUAUUGUCACUGGGCUACAACAAAGCAUUAGAAAUGACAGAGGCAUGCCCCUUUGUCAUUGACAUCUAUGCAGAAAAAUGCAAACCCAGAAUUAAAGCCAUAUAUCUAGAGGCUGGCAGCUGGCAACUCAACAGGGCUAUCUGCAAGUCUGUUGUUAAUAAUGGAGAUGCCAAAGUAAUGGAUGGCUGUGAAAACAUAAUUGUCUAUACCUGUAGGACUGGCAUGCGAAUCACUUCUGUUAUUGAAAAUAAGUCUGAUAACAAAGUGAUUGUUCAUGUCAACAAUGAGCAGAGUAAGAACUGCCUAAGUAAUAGAGGCCUUGCUGUUUUUGCUGUGGAAGUGGCACCAAAAUCUAUGAUGGUUUCUCAGCACGUGCUGCCACUGAACGAGCAGGAAGAAUGGCUGUAUAAUUGUGUGCAUUCCCUCUUACGCUGAAUGCUGUAGUCAGUGCUGCUUCUUGGCAAUGUUUAAUCACAGCUUCUGCAACACAACUUGUAGGUGUGUCCUCUAAAGCUGGUAUGCUUCUCAGUUUUAUUUGUUAAAGCCAAUGAAUCGUAUAAGUACUUAUUUCUGGUAUCCCAUGUCUGCUAAUAGCUCUUAAGAAACACAAACAGUGAUAGCAUAGGGAUGGAAUAACUGCAAGUCUGUAGAAUUGUUUGACAGGGCAGAAUGUUCACAUGCUGUCUAAUGAAAUACAGCAUUGUGCAAGUGCUGAGAUGCUGAAAAUGAGUUCUGUUUGGUGAUACAGCUGACAGUUAUGAUAGAAUUGUGUUUCACAAGGGCUGUUUCCCCAAAAAUGCCCUUAUUUGCUGUAAUAGUUAACAUAGUUCCAUAUUACAGUCCAUACUGGAACUGCUUCACUGAGAAAAAGAUCUGUUAAAUUGAUCACAUUGAUUCCUAAUUCAACACUGCUUCAUGUGUAAUUCAACACAUGAUUUUUAUGUGAGAGAUAAAAAGGGGUGGGGUUAUUUAUCUCCUGACAAAGGGUUUUAAUUUUUUUUUGUCAUUUGAUAAUACCUUGUACUAAAAUACUUUAAAAUACUCUUUUAUAUGAAAUAAAA